AUGAAAGCCACUGACUGUGCCUUCAUCUCUUGCCUUUCCCCAGGCCAGCACAAGAAGGGGAAGAUGAACCGGCAUCCCAACGGCACCAUCCAUGAGUGGCGGCCGGUGUCCCCAGUGCCCACAGAGAGCCUGCUCUAUGAGGAUGAGCACAACGGGACCCAGCGCUUUGCAGAGCACAUCCCUGAGCUCGUCACUGGGAGCAUCACACUGCUCCUCUGCCUGUGUGGGCUGGUGGGGAACGGAGCCAUCCUCUGGCUCCUUGGCUUCCGCAUCAGGAGGAGCCCCUUCACCGCCUACCUCCUGAACCUGGCUGUGGCCGACUCCUGCUUUCUGCUCUUCACAUCAGCUUUCCUUGUGGUCUACCACAUGCCCAUGCUCAGCUGCUCCCAGCCAGCGCUCCUGGGGGUGCUGCCACUGUUUCACUCCAUGGUCCUGCUCACAUACAGCUCCAGCCUCUACCUCCUCACUGCCAUCAGUGUGGAGAGGUGCAUGGGUGUCCUCUGGCCCUUCUGGUGCCGAGGCCGCCGGCCGGAGCUCCUGUCUGCUGCCGUGUGUAUCCUGCUGUGGGCCCUCUCCUGUGUGCUUGCAGGGCUGGUGUACUUCAUGUGUGAGCCGGAUCAUUCCCAACACUGCUGGGUGGUCCUUGGGCUCUUGUGCUGCCUCAAUUUCUGCCUUUUCACUCCCUUUAUGGUUCUUUCCAACGUGAUCCUCUUCAUCAAGCUCAGGCGCAGCUCUUGGCAACACCACCCAGCGAGGCUGUAUGCGGUCAUCUUCCUCACCGUUCUCUUCUUCCUCCUCUUUGGCAUCCCACUCAGUGUCCAGAUCUUCCUCAACUUCUUUGUCUAUAUUAGCUUUGUCUUUGAGGUCUGCCUCUUGCUGGCUUCUUUUAACAGCGGCAUCAAUCCUGUUAUUUAUGUCCUGGUUGGGAGCUAUGGGAAGUUCACGUUCAGGGGAUCCUUCAAAGUGGCUCUUCAGAGGGUCUUUGAAGAUAGGGCAGAUUCCCAGGAGGUGGGACCUCUGUGA